AUCUCCCUUCCCUUGGGCAAGGGCAUCUGGAGCUGUGCUACGUUCCUACGGGGACUGGGCGGCGAGGUCGCAGAGUUGAUCGGCAAGCACAGGGCGAUGAUGAAGCGUGUCCUGGAAGACGCGCGGCUGGUGGCCCUCCGGCUGGAAGGCGGCACCGUGCUGGCACGGCUGAGGAGGGAGGAGCACGGCGCCGGCCAAGACUACCAGGACGCCAUCGAGGCUGCCUGCAGGCUGUACGACCAAGUAGACGAAGAGGUCCACAGGCUGGUCCUCGCCUCCAACAGGUGUCUGCAGGCACUGGAGGAGCUCCAGGAGCGAGGACACCAGUCAGGGCUCCAGGGGGGAGGUGACCAGAUCACAUCGUGGUUUGAAAAAGAAAGAGAGAAAUUCCUCGGGCCUUUGGAGCUGCUGUCUCUGGGGAAUGCAAAGCAGUGGCAGGCGUCCCGGGCUCUCCCGGACAGGCUGACGCAAUAUCGUCCGAAAGGGCUACGGCUGAUGGAAGAGGACUUGCAAGGUGCAGAGGAAGGGACCCAGGACUUCAGAAGGAGUCUGAGCGCCAAGGCCGGCCUGGCUGAGCGGAGGGAGGGCGAGCUGGCCAGGCAGGCCCUCGGGUCCGAGUUCUGCGAGACGGUGAGCGGGCGGACGCUGCGGUGCAGUCAGUGCCUAGAGCACCCGGACCCAGAGCUGGUCACCGAGGAUCUGAAGCGGUGUCGCCGGCAGGCCGUGCAGAGCUUCCCCAGGGCGAGCGUGGUGGUGGUGGGCCCCGGCGGCCAGUGGGCGCUGCCACGGGGCCAAACCUUGUGGCUGCAGAGCCGGCAGACCCGACGCCACUGGCAAGAGGCCCUUGGAGAAGAGGCCCCGGGCCCCGGCACCCUGCCUCUGGGCUGGAGCCCCCUGAAGCACGAGCUUGCCCAGGGACCCGAGGGGCAGCCCCUUGAGCCUUCCUGGACCCCUCCUGCUGACCCCGAGGGCCGAGCUGGGGAGUGGGCCUGACUGCUGCCCGGCCUCGCCGGACAAGCUGCUGUGUGUGGGCAGGGCGAGCACCUGCGCCCAGGUGUGCACGCACAGGACAGCAGCGGCACCUGCUCCCCGCCCACCCCAGGAAGCACCCCCCGCAGAAAAUUAGGAAGAAAGCACAAAGCUUCGCGACUCCUCAGCUUGACAGUGGCCCCAGCGACUCCCUCCGGCUGGGCCACACUGGGGUCUUCAUCAAAGGCCUGGAGGUGAUCGGCACUGCUGUGGCCUCAGAGAAGCGGCCCCCGCUGAGGCCACGUGCCGAGAGCCCUCGGCUCCCUCGGAACCGGAGUCUGUCCUCUCCCUCCAGGACCCACCCCUCCGAGGAGGAUGGGAAGGGCAAGCUGGAAGGUGAGGCAGAUGCCCUCAACCUGUGGGCCUAGUGGUCAGUGGGGUCUAGAGACCCAGAGCCGUGAAAUGCCCUUCCCCAGCGUGGGAAACCCACGGACGCCCCCCGGGCCUUCCGCGUCAGGUCCAGGCUGAAGCACUCACGUCUGAUUUUAAACAAGACGUUAGUGAUCUCCCUGUGCUCAGAACAGAAUCUCUGACAGCCGCCUCCUUUUUCGGGGCGUGUAGUGACCUAGCACACCCGCUCUGAUGGUUAAACAACCAACUCUAGUUGUUUAGAGCCCAUUUCUAGAAAAUUACAAUAAGCAAACCAAGCCCACAACGUGAAGAAAUUACUUUAAAAAUUGCUUUUAAAAAAAGUCUCUAAGUAUUGAGGUGAGAGGUGUGUGCCCGUUUAUCUGUUGCCCAAAUGAAGAUGUCCGUUUAUUUUGUUAAAUCUUUAGGAAGAUGUUUGCAAAAAGAUACUUCUUGUUAACUGUCUGGAUAAAAAGUGGUCAAGGACCCCGCCCACCCCAGUGACAGUCCGUGACGCCAGCCUGGCCUCCCAGCCUCUGGGUUGUUUGUCCCUGUUUGCAGUGAGCCCUGGCUGGAGGGGCAUCCCCUGGUGUCCUUUGCUCAUCGGAUGGGUCCACGUGUGUUUCCUCCAGAGAGCAGCUCGAAUCUGAACUGAGACGGUUACAAAAUGCUCUUCUGAAACAACCUUCAACCACCUUGUCAAAGGUGGACCUUGUGGGGUGUGGGCAGGCGCAGGGAGAGCUGCGUGUCUGUGGAUGGCCUUCCAGCUCAUUUUGAAGGUGUCUGGGCAGCAGAAGGCAGGGGUAGGCGUGGUCCACUCACCGGGAGCCGCCUGGCCACCCAGAGUGCACGUCCUGGGUCUGGGAGGGAGCAGGUUGGCGAAGCUGUCCUGCCUUUGCCACUGGGGAUGGGUCCCCCUCCCGCCAUUCACGGGCCUCAGACCCACCAAGCCCAGGCCUGGCAGUGGGGACCUCGCACACAACCUUCAAGGGAGCGAGUCCUCCCACAUGCCGGGGCCAGGGCGGGAGCUUUGCGUGGACCGCCCCGUCUUCCCGGAAACCCAGCUGUCUGGAGGGGGCUCCUGCCGCUUGGCCAGCAGUCAUUCCCCCAGAACUUUCCAUCCUUUAUGAGUCAAUUUCCAUUUACUUGGUCCAGAUGCCCAGACCAUGCUAGUGUGUAUUUUUUUUCUGGAUAUUGAAGAAGAACACUUGUUUUCGGCGAGUGUCUACAGGAGGUGACUCAGCGGCCGUGCGUGGGUGUGACAAGGGCACCUCGCGUGGCAGCAGCUGUGUUUGUCGGCACUGCCACCGCCAAGGGCUCCAGGGCCCCCACCACCAGAAGGCGCCGUCUUCCCAGAAACAAGAAGCACCUGUAAAAUCCGUGCUGCAGGCGUGAGGGGGCCGUCCAGGGUCUGCUGCAAACAGGAUGAACUCACAGCAUUCUGACCACGGUGCGUUUCCUAUGGUUAGCUGCUUGUCUUCCAAUUAAAAAAAAAAAGUAAAGACAGAUAAUGGCAGGAAAAACUCUACCAACCCCCACUGGUGUCAUUAGGAUGGAGUAGUUUCAGAAGGUGGCUGGUGGGAUGCUCUCAAAUAGGGAAGAAACGCGCAGUGUGCGUGGGGACCUCCAGCCCAGACAGGCCCCUCCGCCUACUGUCCAUCUCCGCAGCACACGGGCCCCCAGGCCUACGCUCCGUCCUCUGCUGCAGCGGCUUCUGUGCAUCUGGGUCAGAGGUCCCUGAGUAAAGCUGACUUUUCAGGGACGCCUUGUGGUAGGUUAGCCGCCGGUGUGCGCCAGAAACCGGUUUUCCCGCAAAUCCCCAGCACAGCCUUCCUGGCAGAGGGCUCCCUGCUGCGGGCGUGCGAAUCUUCUUCCUGCCAGAGCUGCCCGCUAAGACGGUGCUGGAAUCAAGCCGUCUGGAUUCAGGGUUGGAGUUAGGGAGCCUGCGAAUCUCUCCUUUCCAGUUUCCGAAGGGAUCUCUCUUCUGAAAAGGCCGUGGUCGGCAGCGUGGAAACGUCGCCACAGCUUUCCUUCUGCUGUGACCUCCCUGCGCUCCGCUACGCCAGAGGAGCGCCUCCAGUACCGAAAUGGAAAGGACGGACCUGCCCCAGGACCUCCGAGGGAAGCGCAGCGUCAUUUUCGGGAACUGGGAGACUCUCUACGCCUUCCACCACGGGCGCUUCCUCCCGGGGCUGGAGCACUGCCGGCACCGCCCCUGGGCCGUGGGCCACGCGUUCCUGAGAUAUGAGGAGCAGCGUGGCAGGAACGCACCGUACAGCAAGAACAAGCCCGGGCGGACGCCCUGCUCUGCAGCCACGGCAACGCCUUCUUCAAGGUCGUCGUCCCGCCCGUGAGCCUUGCUGCCUGGCCUGGCCCGGGCUGACCCUAUCGCCCGGCCUUGCAGAACAAGCAGCAGGAGCUGGGUGACAAGAUGGACCUGGCCUCCUACUUGCUGAAGCCCGUGCAGCGCGUGGGCAAGUGGAUCUGAAGGAACAGGGGCGGCUGAUAUGCCAGGACGAGUUCCUCGUUUGCUGCCGAGGGAAGAAGCACCUGAGGCGUGUGUUCCUGUUUGAAGACCUCAUCCUGUUCAGCAAGACCCAGAAGGCGGACGGAGGCCACGACGUGUACGCGUACGAGCAGUCCUUCAAGGUACCGCGUCAGGGAGGGCGCUGGGGGCCGGAGGGGACGCCAGGUUAUUUGCUAUUGCGGCUCUUAGGCUGAAUUUUGGAGCCUGGGGCCUCUAGAAGCCGCAAGGAGCCAUUUGUCCUUCGUGUUCCACGUGCCAGUCCAGGGGCUAGAAAACAAAUGUCUCCUCGUCGGUGACUCCAUUUCAGGUUUGGGUGAAGGUGGGCAGAGCACAGAGGCAGCCUUCCCCUGGGCGGUCUCAGGGCCUCACCCCUCCCCCCAGACAGGCCCUGGGGGCGAAGUCUCCCGGGAGAGGCCCCACCACAACCCCUUCCCUGCCAGCGAGCUCAUCGGAGGGGUCCUGUGAUGACGCGCC